GAUGAGAAGCAAUUUAAAAAAAUAGCCACACCCAAGACAACAAAAAUAACGUACCCAACGGAAGUGCAACAUCGAAUGCCUGGUGAAACAUUAUCAUCAUUUGUUACUUCCGCAAAAGGAUCUUCCACAACAAAAUUAAUUUUCAAUAAAAGACUAACAGAUACACAAACUCAGACUACACAACUAAACGAGACAGUAGCACAAAAAAUAUUAAAAACACAAACUGCAACACAAUCAAAACCAAAGACAAUUACAAAUAGACAAACUCUAAUUCAAUCAAAACCAAAGACUUUAACACAAACUCUAGCACAACCAAACCAAAAACCUAAAAUAAUUAAAAAUACACAAAUAUCAAGGCUACCUGAAACACCAAAACCAAUAACAAAUCGGAAAAAUUUAAAGAAACAAGUACCAACAAAAAAAACAUUACAGAAAACAAAACUUAAUUUACGAUUUACACCACCACGCACACCACCAACACCUACUAAAGAGGAAGUACAAAAUUUUGUUGUACCAUUACACCUUUCACCACCAGCACCUCCAAUAAGCCCACUACGACAAACACCACCACGACAAACACUACCACAAACAGAAACAGAAAUAAAUGCACAAUUAGACAACCAAAUUUUAAAUAUUUACAAUAAUCUACAAAAAUUCAGGUACAACGAGAGUAAGAAUGCAUUUAAGGGUCCGCGCACAGUUGCAGUCAACCAAGCUGAUGAGAAGCAAUUUAAAAAAAUAGCCACACCCAAGACAACAAAAAUAACGUACCCAACGGAAGUGCAACAUCGAAUGCCUGGUGAAACAUUAUCAUCAUUUGUUACUUCCGCAAAAGGAUCUUCCACAACAAAAUUAAUUUUCAAUAAAAGACUAACAGAUACACAAACUCAGACUACACAACUAAACGAGACAGUAGCACAAAAAAUAUUAAAAACACAAACUGCAACACAAUCAAAACCAAAGACAAUUACAAAUAGACAAACUCUAAUUCAAUCAAAACCAAAGACUUUAACACAAACUCUAGCACAACCAAACCAAAAACCUAAAAUAAUUAAAAAUACUCAAAUAUCAAGGCUACCUGAAACACCAAAACCAAUAACAAAUCGGAAAAAUUUAAAGAAACAAGUACCAACAAAAAAAACAUUACAGAAAACAAAACUUAAUUUACGAUUUACACCACCACGCACACCACCAACACCUACUAAAGAGGAAGUACAAAAUUUUGUUGUACCAUUACACCUUUCACCACCAGCACCUCCAAUAAGCCCACUACGACAAACACCACCACGACAAACACUACCACAAACAGAAACAGAAAUAAAUGCACAAUUAGACAACCAAAUUUUAAAUAUUUACAAUAAUCUACAAAAAUUCAGGCAUGAUUCCCUCAGAAAAUUUAAAUAA